UUCAUAUUUUGGCGCCAUUUAUCGAUAAGAUUAUCUACCGGCUAUUGGGAAGCCCUGGUUUUCGUAGUACUUUCCAACACUGUCUGCCGCUCCAAGUCAAAAUCUGCCUUUUCAUCGUAUUAUUUGUUUUGAGUUGUUAAACCUUAGAAUAUUUCACAUAGGCCUGUAUACACUGGAUCAAUGGAGAGUUUAGCUGUUAAGGAAUAUCCUAAGGCCGCCGGAGAUGCUGAAAAGGCGCCGGAACCCGGCUUGUUUACCUCACACUGCUUCCACUUGGACGGGGGGCAUGUGCAGUUCACGGGACGAGUUCUCAAAAUGCAGGAAAGCACCCUGCUCUUUGUCAACGGCCGGGAGGCGGAGACCUUCGACGAACUGGCCAUGGCCAUGCCCGACCGCUAUGACGCCAAGGGCAAGGCCAUAUCCGCCUCCAUUAUGGGCGACCGGAACCAAACCGACUCUUCCAUCCUGGCCGAAAAGCUGAGCAAACGCUACCAGCGUCAGUUCUACGUGAGCGUAAACGUCCAGAUGGACCGACUGCUGUUACCGCUGUUCGAGAAAGCGCUAGUCACCUACAUGCACGACCAUCUGGAGCACUUCGUCUGAGGGCCGCCACCGAUGACACGGCGCCGCGUGGGGGUCACUGCCGUUGGAUGCGUCUAUUUCGGGGGAUCGCCGGCGACCCCACGGACGCAGCACCGAUCUUGUCUGGGCCCGCCGAUCUCCGAUCACCGCUCAGACGGCAUGCGUCGGCCGAGUGAGCGCGCAGUUGAAACGUAUCGCAGAACAACCAAUUUUUGUACAAUAAAUUUAUUGCCCUAAGUAAGUUUA